CAUUCGUAGCCCUGAAGAAGUGGUGCGUUUCUUACAUGGCGGAGGACGUGGUGUCAGUGUGUCGUUAGACAGUACCAAACGCGCACUAGCGCGCCGCCCGAAGAAACGUGUGAGUCCGUGUCCGUGUGAAAGUGUGAAAUGUCGUGAGAUUUUGGCAGAGAUGCGCGACUCAAUGUGCUCUAAUAAGCUGCUGCUCUAUUUUCUCAUCGGCGCCUUCACCAUUUCCAUAUUCCGUGGCACAAAGAUGGCAAUCGAGGGCCUGCCCUUACACAGACAGGAGCCCGAUGGCGAUCAGGACAUCCUCGCCGGUGCUGACUUUCUCUCCGUGUUCAUGGAAUCAUCACUUCGAAGAGCCUAUGCAGAAACGACGUCAACAGUUUCUCCUACCACAAUCAUCGUAGAACUAGAAGAAGUCGACUACACAACCAAACGUGAAAAAAGAAACUCUAACGCUAUAGAUUUAAGACGUGACAACUCACCCACUUCGUAUUCCAGUAGUCUUUAUACGAAUACCUUGCCCUUCUCUCAAAGUACAGAACAAGUUAGUGAUAGUGACUCUAGUACCAACAAAGACGGUGUUGUAGUAGCAGUCAGUGUAUCUUCAUCUGUAGCGAAGGCAGUCAAUAGUUUAUACAGAAGAUCUACGCUUUUACCAAUUCACAAAUAUUUUUCGUCAGAUCGCUAUUCCAAUUUGGCUAUUGAUAACAGAAGAAGCAGAAAUAAUGUUUAUACAAUUCCAACUACAACACCACCCGAGCCAGACACUUACGCACCACAACAGCUUUAUAGUCAAGUAUAUACAACGUCCACUACAGCAAAACCCUUUCAAAAUUAUUUCGAUAUAGAACAAAAACCAGGUAUAAUUGCAAAAGCAAGUAAAAGUGAUCUUAGUGUAGAAGAAAGCCAACCAAUUACUAAAGACAGUGAAAUAGCUUCUGAUUUUAGUGGAAGUUAUCCAGCACGUGUAAGAAUUGCACCUCCGUUUGAUCAAUCUGCAUUUCUAAAUCAAAACAUACAGCAAACUGACAAUCAGUCUUACAAUCCAACUUUUAUAUACCACGAUAAUCCACAAGAUUCGGAUACUGCUAGAUCCAUCUCAUAUAGUUCUAUAGUUCAAAGUUUACCCCAACUAACCAUGGAAGCUGAAAAAACAGAACCACAUGAAAGACGCGAACGAAAUUACAACGACGCUAAAAGUCCUUAUAUUAACAAUUUGAAUAUUGGCGUCGAUAAACGCAAACAAAAUGAUAGUAAAAUAUUGAACUGGCAAGAUUCAGAAUCAGAUCAAAGAAACACCGAAAAGCCAUGGUCGGACCAACAGAAAUACACACCUACUACACCCUUACCUGUGGAGCUACCAAAAGUUUAUGGCCAACCAGAGCAAAACUACGAAGUUGAUGAAGCACUAAGUGUUGUAACUAAUGGUAGAGCACACGGUGUGCAAACUACCAAAUCAGAUAAGAAACCUGACGACAAUCAGAAGUUUGGUUACGUUGUGGAGGGAAAGAAUUACAGAAAAUAUAGAGUAGAGGAAAGGACCGCGGAUGGUUUUAUUGUAGGAGAAUACGGCGUUGUUAGUCAUGACGAUGGUUCCCUGAGAGGCGUGAGAUAUACCGCUGAUGGUACCAUCAACCCCAGAUUGAUUUCUGAGGCGCUGAUGAAAUUUCUCUCUCUGUGAUUUUUUGCCCCACUGGUGGCCUAAGAUACCGGCUGUACUGAAUCUAAUCUAGUUCCUUUUUUGGGUAUCAGGAAAUACAUUCGCGAAAAUAAUUGAACUAUCGGUUAAUUCUCUAUCUCGAUUAAAAGUGCAAUAGUGUUGUGUUCGUUUAUAAUAAAUGAAGAUAUAAUUAAACAUUAAUUAAAGUUAGUUUAAAUAAGAAAAAGGGAUAUAUUGAGUAUACACAAAUAACUAAUUUGAUAUAAAACAAGCAAUUGGACAUCGUAAAUCCUAGGUUUUCACCCAAUGUGACUGGAAGUAGAACUGGAAGUCGAGAUUUGACGUCUUCGGGUAACUUUGCUUCGAUUGAUAUAAGACUUCACUAACUUUGAGUCAUUUUCGCCACACUUCCGGUCAUAAUUUUUAACCGGAUAUGACCUCAAAAUUUGAAAUAAAUAUUCAAGCUAUUCUGCGACUAUAAUGUGGCACUUUCGGUUACAGCUUUUUAACUGGAAAAGAUAUAAAAACCGGAAGUAUAUAUUUAUUUUCGUCUUGCUAAAGCGCAUCGAAUAAUAUAUAGUUUAUACUAUUUCGGUGACAACAGUACUUCCGGUUGCAACUCUAAAACCGGAUGUCCGGGGUCAAAUUUCUCACCUUUAAUACCAUUCUUGUGUUAUAAACAUUCAUUCGAUAAAAUAAAAAUGUGUACCAUUUUUAUUCGGUUGCGAUGCGAAGGCAAACCAAUCUUACUUUUCAAUUAGAAUACGGAGUGCAGUCCAGUUCCUUUAACCGCGAUUUCCUGCUCUUAUUGGAGCUUCAUCAGAAGAAACGUAGGCACUGUUCUCCAUACUCCAACUAAAUUGCAUCGAGAGGUUUUCCCACACAUCGCAACCAAAUGGAUGAUAAUAGGUGGCUAGCGCCAUCUGGUGUCUCUCGUCUCUCGUCCUCUCGUCUUCACUGCAGCAUCCAUAUGACUUGCAAAUUAUAGAAGUCUUGGAGGUGUUACCAUGAAAAUGUACCAAUAAGUUUUCAAUUUAAAAAUCUUUUAGUGAUUUUUAAUAUUUUUCAAUAUUAUUAAUUUACUAUUAGGAUUGAAAACUUGCUUUGUCUUUCAAUUGGUAGAUGGCGCUAGCCACCUAUUAUCAUCCAUUUGGUUGCGAUGUGUGGGAAAACCUCUCGAUGCAAUUUAGUUGGAGUAUGGAGAACAGUGCCUACGUUUCUUCUGAUGAAGCUCCAAUAAGAGCAGAAAAUCGCGGUUAAAGGAACUGGACUGCACUCCGUAUUCUAAUUGAAAAGUAAGAUUGGUUUGCUUUCGCAUCGCAACCGAAUAAAAAUGGUACACAUUUUUAUUUUAUUUUCGUAUUACUCCGUAGAGUAACCAGGUGCAUCUUUCAGUUGGAACUUUGCCGGCUGCAGACGGGGGAUGUGAAUUGCAAAGUGUAGAAUUCCUUCCCUCUCGUCUUCACUGCAGCAUCCAUAUGACUUGCAAAUUAUAGAAGUCUUGGAGGUGUUACCAUGAAAAUGUACCAAUAAGUUUUCAAUUUAAAAAUCUUUUAGUGAUUUUUAAUAUUUUUCAAUAUUAUUAAUUUACUAUUAGGAUUGAAAACUUGCUUCGUCAUUCAUUCGAUACCUUAUUUUCAUUCUGCCUGGUCUAAUGAUGGAGGAGUUUUGUUUACAAAGGUCUCAAAAUAGACAGACAUUGAUAAUUCCAGGUUUUAAAUUUUUUUUAAAAUGGGUGAAAACAACAAUAUUUAUCUUAUCAUCUUUUUUCUACAAACAAAGAUCCUACUAAAAAUAUUAUAGGUAUCUUAUUUAAAUACCAGAAUAAUAAUUUAAAUACCAGAAUAAUAAUUAUGUACCUACCUAUUUAUAAUAUGUAAAAUACUUUCAAUAUAAAUAUUGUAUUCGAGAAAAAACAAAGAUUAAUAUUCUGGGGGCAUUUGUUUUUUAAUGUCUGCAACAUAUUUUUCAAAUAUGCGCUAGAAGACGUAAAAAAGAUAUUUUAAUAUUUUAUUAGAGAUUUGUACAAGGGAUCUUACACCAAAAUAUUAAAAUUAUUUUAUGUGUCCAUUGGAUACUCAAAGAUAAUACUGGAAAUAACUGAUUUGACAAGAACUUAUUUUGUUAAUUUUGACUACACAGAUAUAUGUCGCAUAAUAAAAGUAGGUAUCUAAUAUAAUCCAUACUUAUAGAAAAAUAGUAAUUUUAUUAGUCAGUCGAAAGAUUUAGAUAUACUGGCUGAACACGUACAUAUUAUAUUAGUAAAGUUUAAAAUAUUUUACGAUAAAAAAUACCCAAAAGUAUAUUCCACUCUUUUAUGUACAUAUACCUACAAAAGGUAACAAAUUCAUUGUCCGAAACAAACUCAAUAUUUUUUUAUUUAGCUUAAAUGCCUCGACAGUUCGAUAUUUUUAAAUAAUAAGAAUAUCUAAAAGAAUUACACUUUUCAAAACGUUUUCGGUCCUAUGGGAUCAUCAUCAAUAAAAACUAGAUACUUGCACAAAAUAUUUUCGCAAAAUGCCAUAAAAUUGUUUAAAGUAAUAAUAAUAAAAAUAAUAAUAAAAAAUAAAGUAAUAAAAAUAUAAUAAUUAAAGGUUAAACAAUUAAAAUCAAUACUGCCAAGAAAAGACAGAGUCUUUUUUAAAUGUCAUAUGUUUGAUUACUUUUUCUACGCCUAUCUCGUGCCCCAUAUACUUGUACCUAGUUAUUUGAGUGAUGUUAAUGAUAUUUAUUUGUAGAGGAGCUUUAGUCACUAGAUUUGUCAUGAAGUGGGUUUUUGAAACCAUUAUUUUCAAACCAACUUCUUUAGAUGAGUUUUAUGUAUGGAAACACUCAAUUAUCUCAAAAACGGCUUGGACGACUUUUUUAUAGAUUUUGGUAGGUAGGUAGGGGUUUUCUAAUGCGGCCGAUAUUAAAGUGCUAAUUGCAUUGUUGUCAUAUUUUCCGUUUUUCUGGAAAUAUAAUGAACUUUCUUAUUUCAAAUAUAACACCAUAUAUAUUUUUUGCGUUUUGUAGUCCUUAAGAAAUACUGAUUAUUUUUCAUGUUAUAUUCUCUAUACCUAAAUGCCAUAAUUUCGAAGUUAUUGCUACAUUUAUUUUGAAGAAAAAUUUUAAACAAAUUAUAAAAAUAAAUUUUUUUUGCCCGGGUAAACACUAUUUUAGGUUGUUUGGAUCAUUGGAAACAAAAAAGAUCUUCUGUAAUUUUUCUCUAAAAUUAGUGAUUUCCGAUUUAUAAACAAUUUAAAACAAAAAAAAAUCGAAUAAUGACGAUUUUUAAGGUUCAAGAACACAAGUAAAAAAUAUAAUUUUUCAAAUUACAAAGUACCUAAAUUCAAACUCAACUCUUCUUCUAAUAGCUGGCCAUAAUAUCUUUUGCCUCAUUUUAUUCUAUAAUAUUGCUUUUUAAUUUUUAAUAAAGUGCAUAUGGGAGGAGGGACGAUCGGGCUGCAUUAAAAGCUAAAAAACAAUGUUUUAAAAUGAAACAAUCUGAAAUUACUUAUCAGUAACUGAUAAAAUACGACUUGAGCUUGAAUUUGGAUACUUCGCCGUUUCAAAAAUAACAUUUUUAAUACACUUGCCGUCAUAUAUUCAACAUGUAAACAAGUCCAUUCCACAUCUCAGAUGUUACCUGGGGCAGAUUAGCUUAAUAUUUUAAACAUCCAUACUUUAUGUAGCUUUUUAAACCAAUGUUUCCUAGACGGACUUCUUUUACUGAACUUUGAACCUAAUAUUUUUGUUAAAUACUAUCUUAGUGGUUAGCAUGUACAUUGCACGUAAGCACUGAUGAUGACUGGUAAACCAGUCGAAAACUAGUUAUGUGAUUUUGAUGUGGCCCUUUUGAGGGUUUUUAAAUAUACCUUUUAUACAGGAUUUUACUGUUUUUUUUUGUAUUACAUGAUAUACAGCCAACCACAGGAAAACUUUUUCCUUGUGCAUUGUUAAUUUGUGUUCUUGAACCUUUAAAAGCGUCAUUAUUCGAUUUUUUCAGUUUUAAAUUGUUUAUAACUCGGGAACGAUUUAUUUUAUAGAAAAAUUACGAACGAAAGAUCUUUUCUGUUCCCAAUGAUCCAAAUAACCUAAAGUAGUGUUUACCCGGGCCAAAAAAAUUGAUUUUUUAUAAUUUGUUUAAAUUUUUUUUAAAUACAUGUAGCAAUAACUCCGAAAUUAUGGCAUUUAGGUAUAGGGAAUAUAACAUAAAAAAUAAUCAGUAUUUCUUAAGGAAUUCAAAACGCAAAAUACAUACAGUGUGUUCCAUUUGAAAUAAGAAAGUUCAUUAGAUUUACAGAAAAACGGAAAAUAUGACAACAAUGUAAUGAUCACUAUAAUAUCGGCCGCUUUAGCAAACCCCUACCUACCAAAAUCUAUAAAAAUCGUGAAAGCCAUUUUCGAGAUAAUUGAGUGUUUCCAUGCAUAAAACUCAUUCUGUAUACUGGGCCUCCUGGAUAUUAUCUGAAACCAAUACAACAUAAUAUGUGAUUUAACAUUUUCCAUCGAUGUUAAUCCCAGCUAAUCUCCAUUCUAUGUUAUUAAAAAUAUCUUACAGGAGGAUAACACGUUGUUUGAUUAUUCAAGUUGAUUGUUGCUAAGUAGAUAUCUAUUCUGUUGUACAUUUACCUAGAAGAGUUUUUGUCGACUCUGCCGACUGUUGCCAGUUACAUUUAAUGACUUUUUGACAAUAAUAAAUUAACCAGAUCUCUAAACGUUGCUCCUUUUUGCGAAUACCAUAUUUACAGUAUUUAAUUUAUUUACCUAUUUAACUUGUGACAAUUAUUUUUGAUAAUUUUCCUGGUGUGCUCUAAUCUAAUGUACAAGUUUUCUGUUAAUGAAACUCUAAACAAUUCUUGCCUUGUUUUCAGAAAACUUAUGGGCCAAGCUCUGUUUAAUUUAAGUUUGUAUAUUGUAAAUUAGACUAGAGAAUGGUUUCCUUAAACUCUUAAACAGUGCCUUCGAAUUCAUGGUGCUAUUGAAAAUAAUUACGUUUCAGAAUUUUCUGUAAAAGAUCUAGUAACAUGGUCGAUAAAACUAAUUACCACAUUCCUAUAUUAAAUUGAAACGAAAAAUCUUGGCGAAUAGUUGGCAAUAAUUGAUAUUUGUAACCUAUACACUAAUUUAAAGCUAUUUAAUAUAAUAACGUUUUACAGAAUAUUGUUUAAAUUUUUUUUUAAACACCGAUUCUUAAUAACGUAAAACAUAUUACAAAUGUAGCAAUAAAUAAUAUACUAGUAAUUACAUUGUAAAUUACCAAUUGCUGUGAAAUCAAGAUAAUUUCAGAUAAUUAAGUAAAGUUAAGGAACAUAGUUUAUGUUAUAUGCUAGUUUACUUGUACAUAAUUUAAAAAGUUUUAAAUAGGUUAUAAAGAGUCUGUUAAUUGCCACUUUAUAUAUAAAUUAAUUCGUUAGUUGUGAUAUAAAUAUGAACAUAUAAAAAUAAACUCUGAUGUUAUAUUAAUAUUUUUCUGGAUUUUGCUCAACCUAAUAGUAGUACGUAAAAAUAAAUUAAUAAAAUAUGCUACUGAAAUAAAACAAUUUAAUCAUUAUAGGGACAUCAAAUUUUCCAGUAUAGGAAAAUUAUACUUUGGGUACUAGACUUUCUUUAUUUUAUUGUGUCGUAUUUAUACGAUGUUUAAGCAAUAGUAGGCUAUUGAUUAUGUUCAAAAUAAGAGAGCUGAAAGAAACUACAACGUUAACGGAAUUUUAUUGUCACAUAUAAGCAAUGGCCCUCUAAAUUUGAAAAAACUGCGGAGUGCUACCAUUUAAAUGGGUGCGUUUUUGAGAAAGGGGUGAAUUAGUCCCUAGGCACAAGGCGAAUUAGGGUGAGUUCUAUGCACUUUUGGUACAAACACGUCUACAGGAAAAUUGAUCUAGGUUAAAUUUACUAUCAAAACAUCACACUUUAAAGUCAAAAAAAUUUUUUUUUACAAAAAUAGAUUCAAAAGAGAAGCAAGAAAAAUACACUAAAGAGAGCAAUUCUGUUUUUUGCCCCAUAACUUUUUUCCACAGGGAUAUAGGUAUAGGCAUUGCUUCAGCGAAAAAUAACUUUUAUCCUUCCUCUUUAAAAUGCAGAUUGAUAAAAGUCUCUGGGAUUUAUAGUUUCCAAAAGAGGAUUUUUCAAAGUUCGCCGCUCACAGCAUUUUUGGGCAAUUUUCCCCAUUCUUUCGCAAACAUUGUUCUGUAACUUUUUUCUAUGCAUCUCUAGGUAUAUGCAAUGGUACAUUUAGUAGAAAGAGAAGUAAAUUACGUUUAAAAUGGUCUAUUGUAUACGGUUAUACGGCUCUUUUUCAGCAAGUUAUGCUUUUUCAAGAUUUUUUCAAUUUCUCAUUAUGACUUUUUUUCUUGUACAUUUAGGUAUAUACGUUGCGGAAUAAAAAAAGCUUAUUUUCUUUACUUUAAAAUGGUGUAUGGCAAAAAAUUCUAGGACCAUUUUUAAAGAAAUUUGAGAAAAAUUUAAAUUUAUUUUUAUUUUUUUCAAUUUGAAGAAUAUAAUUGCAUAUUAUAACAUAAUUUUUAAUUCCAAAUAUCCUUUCUUCAUAACACUUUUCGAUAUUGUGAAAUAUAAAGGUACUUUGCUCUUGAGCAAAAUUCAUAUUUUUUAAUAUACCUCGUAGACUAUUGAUAAAAUUUUAUAUCUGAUGAUUGCAUCUUAGGUUUUAGACUAUGCAGAGCAUUUUAUAAAGAAUCAUUUUUUUUUUCAUAAAGUUAAUACAUAAUAAAAAAUUUUCCAUAUAUUUCCAACUAAGUAGGACCUAUUGCAUGUGCCUAUGUCACAUUUUGGAAAAGCAUAAUAUAUUGUUUAAAAAUAGUCCUAGAAUUUUUUACAAUACACCAUUUUAAAGUAAAGAAAAUAGGCUUUCUUUUUUAUUGUACAAUGUAUAUACCUAAAUACACAAUAAAAAAAGGUAUGAUGAGAAAUUUAAAAAUAAUCGUAAAAUAUAUCAAAAAUCAUUAAAAGUGCAAAAUUUUGAACAACCGCAUCUUGCUUUAAAAUAGUCAAAUAGCCUAAUACAAUACACCAUUUUAAAGGUAAUUGACUUUUCUACCUAUUAAAUUUGACAGUGCCUAUACCAAAUGCUACGUAGAAAAAAGUUACAGAACAAUGUUUGAGAAGUAACAAGGAAAAUGGGCCAAAAUCGUUGUGAGUGGCGAAAUUUGAAAAAUCAUAUUAUGGAAACUAUAAAUCCUAGAGACUUCUACCAAAGGCCAUUUUAAAGAGAAAGGAUGGAAGUUUUUUUCUGUGAAGCAAUGCCUAUACCUAUAUCCCCGUGGAAAAAAGUUAUGGGGCACAAAACAAAAUUGCUAUCUUUCGUGUUUUUUUCUUGCUUUUCUUUUGAAUCUAUUUUUGUAAAAAAAAUUAUUUUUGACUUUAAAAUGUGAUGUUUUGAUAGUAAAUUUAACCUGAAACAAUUUUCCUGUAGACGUGUUUGUACCAAAAGUGCAUAGAACUCACCAUAAUUCGCCCUGUGCCUAGGAAUUAAUUCACCCCUUUCUCAAAAACGCACCCCUUUAAAUGGUAGCACUCCGCGGGUUUUUCAUAUUUAAAGGUCCAUUGUCUGUAUGAAAAAAUAAAACCCCGUUAACGUUGUAGUUCCUUUCUAAAAUACAUAAUCUAUAGCCUAUAGUGGGUUAUUUCAUUUUAAUUUGGGAGUCAAAAAUCAGUAUCAUAGGAUACUGGUAAGAAAGAUUUUGCAUAUUUGUUCAAUAAUUGUAAGCUAAUUAUUGUAAGCGAGAACUUAAGCUAGAGCUUUUACAAAAAAUUGUUGAUCUGAAAUGUUGUUGAAACGUACUCAACUUUGAGAUAUUUGCUCACAUAAACGAUUAUAUGUAAUAUUCCAAAAUUCGAAUAUUUUUGUAUCUAAUUUUAUUUAUAGUAAGCAAUAUAAUCUAGAUAAGUAA